GUGCCCGCGGGCCGGGGCGGCUGAGGGGAGAGCGCCCGAGGCGGCUCCAUCCGCGCAGAGCUUCGCUGGGAGGCUCGAGGCUGAGCACCCGCGCAGUCGCGCAGGGCCGGGCCCGGCAGUGGCGCAGAAAGCUUUUUUUGUGGAGAAAUGGCCUCCAGCAUUGGAAAUGAAAAGAGUGUGAAUCCUGUACUCAGAAUAAGUCAACUUGAUGCUCUUGAACUAAACAAAGCCCUGGAACAACUAGUGUGGUCCCAGUUUACCAGCUGUUUUCAUGGAUUUAAACCAGGGGUGUUGGCUCAUUUUGAACCAGAAGUAAAAGCAUUUUUAUGUCUUAUAUUAUGGAAAUUCACUGUCUAUUCCAAGAAUGCAACUGUGGGACAGGCUAUUCUCAAUAUUCAAUACAAGAACAACUUAUCUCAGACAGAGAAAUACCAGCCUCUGAGCAAACACCAGAAGUUAUGUUAUCUUAUUUUCACUGUUGGUGGAAGAUGGUUGGAAGAAAGAUGUUAUGAUUUAUUUAGCAAUCGUCAGCAGCAGUCUUUCUGCAAAAUGAAGAGCUAUAUUAGUUUUGGAUCUGGACUUCUUAAGCUUUGUGGAAUUCUAAAUUUUCUGAUUUUUCUUCAGAAAGGAACAUUUGCAACACUUACAGAACGCAUUCUAGGAAUUAGGUCAGUUUUUUGUAAGCCACAAAGUGUUCGUCAGAUAGGAUUUGAGUACAUGAACAGGGAGCUCUUAUGGCAUGGCUUUGCUGAAUUUUUGAUAUAUCUGCUACCACUCAUUAAUGUACAGAAACUGAAACUUAAAAUUUCCUCUUGGUGCUUGCCUAUCGCAGGUCUUUCCGGUAGUGAAAACACAUUAGCGGCUCACGGCAGGGAAUGUUCACUGUGUGGGGAAUGGCCUACCAUGCCACAUACCAUAGGCUGUCCACAUGUUUUUUGUUACUACUGUAUUAAAAGUAACUUUUUAUUUGAUAUGUAUUUUACAUGUCCUAAAUGUGGCUCAGAGGUACACAAUCUUCAGCCAUUGAAGUAUAAAAUCGAAAUGACAGAAUUGCAUGUCUGAUGAGAUUGAUUUAGUUUUAUACUGUACCUGAUAUAUCUUGAAGAGAUUAAUGGAAGAAUUUGGAAAUUAUUGAAAGCAGACUGCUUAAAGAUGGUUUUGGAGGCUCUGUCAUUUAUUGUAACAUGUAUUUUUACUGGUCUUAGGUUUUUAUUGAGUAACAG